AGAAGAGAGAUGGUGAAAGAAACAGAAUGCAGGAAGUCAGGGGAACACAAGAGGCCAGGAUCGGAUGGGAUCCAUUCCAGGACAUGAAAGGAAGUGACUAAACUGAUACAUACCUAAUAAAGAAACACAAAUGGAGAGAGGAAGACACCAAGGACUGGUCUGAAGAAAAGGUAAUGGCAACAACGCAGAUCAGUAUGUCACAAGCUUCACUAGUCAAUGGCAGCAUCAGUGCUAAAAUGAAGAGAAACAAACCUCGUGUGAUGUCUAAAAGUGGUCACAGCAAUAUCAGAAUUGACAAGGUAGAUGGUAUUUACCUGCUUUAUCUUCAGGACCUGUGGACCACAGUUAUUGACAUGAAAUGGAGAUAUAAACUUACAUUAUUUGCUGCUACUUUCAUCAUGACUUGGUUUCUGUUUGGAGUAAUUUACUAUGCCAUUGCAUUUCUUCAUGGAGAUCUGGAAGAGAGCAGAUACCCUAACAAACAUGUCCCCUGUGUCAUGAAUGUAGAUUCACUAACUGGGGCAUUUCUCUUUUCUUUGGAAUCCCAAACAACCAUUGGUUAUGGCUUUCGGGUUAUCACUGAGGAAUGUCCUCAUGCCAUUUGUCUCUUGGUGGCUCAGUUAGUUCUCACUACGUUGAUUGAGAUUUUCAUUACUGGAACUUUCCUGGCCAAAAUUGCUAGACCUAAAAAAAGGGCUGAGACCAUUAAGUUCAGUCAUUAUGCUGUCAUAACCAAACACAAUGGACAGCUUUGCCUUGUAAUCCGUGUAGCAAAUAUGAGAAAGAGCCUCUUGAUUCAGUGCCAGUUAACUGGAAAGCUUCUUCAGACCUAUGAAACUAAAGAAGGAGAAAGGAUUCUGCUAAACCAAGCUAGUGUCAAAUUCCACGUGGAUUCAUCAUCAGAAAGCCCUUUCUUGAUUCUACCUCUGACUUUUUACCACAUUUUGGAUGAGAGCAGCCCCUUAAAUGACCUGACAUCCCAAAAUCUAAAGGAAAAGGAUUUUGAACUCAUUAUCCUUUUGAAUGCCACAGUAGAAUCCACGAGUGCUGUAUGCCAGAGCCGAACUUCAUAUAUUCCAGAGGAGAUCUUCUGGGGUUUUGAAUUCCUGCCUGUGAUUUCUCUUUCACAGAAUGGAAAAUAUGUUGCAGAUUUUAGUCAAUUUGAGCUGAUCAGAAGAAGCAUUGACUGUACAUUGUACAGUAUGGACCCUGAAAAGCAAAAAUUGGAAGAGCAAUAUAGAAAGGAAGACCAGAGGGAGAGAGAACGCAGAACCAUGUUGUUACAACAAAGUAAUGUCUGAUGGCUCACCUAUAACAAAUAAUAUUGUAUAUAACACUUUUAACUGAAAGUCGUUUACUCAAACAUUAUGAUUUUAUCAGAAUGCAUCAUUAAUUCUUUUUCAGUUUUUGUGUAACAUAUGCCACAAUAAUGGAAAGUGGAGGUGUAUUUUGGGAGUAUGGAAACCUGCCUUAAAUAUGAAUAAAACUGUUAUUGGGGCUAGCAGUGGCACACCAGAGUUCCAGAUAGGGAAUUUCACUAGUGCUAUUUAGAGCUGGAUCCAUGUCACCUACUGACAUCUUUCUCCAGUGCUGAAAUGAAAUAGAAUGGUUAGCCCAUUGACAUUGCCCUCCCAAUGACUUUGUGAUCUGUAUCAUUGGUGAUGAGCUACGCUGUUUUGUCCACCGUAACACAGGGUAGAAAGUCAGUAGAGUUAGUGGCUCUACUUCUUAACCCCUCCCUCCAUUCUUGCCGUUAGAGACAGGGUAUGUUUAGCAUGUCGAUCUCCAGAGCUAUACUAUCUUCCUGUUGGCUAGUGUUUGAUAUAUGAUUUUUAAUAGUUGUGCCUGAAGUUUGAUAUUUUGAACAUAUUUUCCAGAUAUAAAAAUCUACACUGGUGUUUGUUUUAGAUAUAAAUAGCAAUUUUUUAAAGUUUGUUGACAGAAAACAUUAUGAAUACUGGUACUUUGUACAGUGACACCAUGAUAUGAUGAAGACAGUUUGUGUGAUUCUGCCAGACUUCUUUUGUGUGGAUCUUAAUUGCCAUUUUUCUAAACUGACAUUUUUCUGCUUGUCCAGUUUAAAUUUGUACAUUAUUGAUAAUGCAUAAGAUCAAAAUCAGAAUGGAAAAAGAGGAAGAUCAAGCUUUGCUCUGAGUUCUCUCAUCAGCACAUUACUGAUUAAAAACUAUAUAGGAAUUUCUCACAUUUUUAUUUGUGUUCCACCCUUAUUAUUUUUAUAAGUAGAUAAAGGUGCAACCCUAUCCAAUACACUUUCCUUCUUCUAUUAUCCCCAGAAUAACAACC